CACUGGCGUUGACCUGGUCUCAUCGCAGCAGGCAGGACCGUUACUAUCCAUGAUUCCCAAUUCGCUGGCCAUUCUGCUAUGGGUCGUCUUCGUUCAUCUGGCCGGGAUAUAUCUAUUUACUAGCGGAUUCUUAUUAACAAGGUUAGCAUUGACGGAAACAACGACAUACACGACAGAAUGCACGCUGGCGCCGACGCAUACACGGGCAAUAGUCCUCAUCAUUGACGCCCUUCGUUUCGACUUUGUUUCGCCCAAUCCUCCAAUUCCCGUGUCGCCGUUCCACCAUAAUGUCUUGACUCUCCCCCAGCAGCUCACGGCGUCACAUCCAGCUCAUUCUUUUCUCUUCAAUGCAUACUCUGAUCCACCUACGACCACCCUUCAGCGAAUCAAGGGCCUCACCACCGGCUCCCUUCCCACUUUCGUCGAUCUUGGAAACAACUUUGGCGCGUCUUCAAUCGCUGAGGACUCCAUUAUGAAUCAGCUACAGCGUGCAGGAAAAUCGGCCGCUUUCAUGGGUGACGACACGUGGAUGUCCGUGUUUCCAGACUCGUUCCGUCCUAACAUGUCUUUUCCGUAUGAUUCGUUCAACGUCGAAGACCUUCACACCGUCGAUGAGGGUGUCAUCACCCAUCUGUUCCCUCUAUUAGAGGACCAAAGCAAACCCUUCGAUUUCCUCAUUGGCCAUUUCCUAGGCGUCGACCACGUCGGUCACAGAGUCGGCCCUGAUCACCCAGGCAUGAAAGCAAAGCUUGAGCAGAUGAAUGACGUGUUGAAGCGCGUCGUCGAUCUUCUAGAUGAUGACACGCUCCUCGUCGUGCUGGGAGAUCACGGCAUGGAUAGGUCUGGGGAUCAUGGCGGUGACGGAUCUCUAGAAACCUCAUCGGCACUGUGGAUAUACAGCAAAGGCCCCCAACUGUCCCGGCAGCUGUCCUCCCUUCCCUCCGGCCUCUUACAGUACACCACAUUUCCUGAAGCUUCCAUUCCCCAUCGUUCUGUGCAACAGAUCGACUUUCUUCCCACUCUGUCUCUCCUUCUCGGCCUCCCGAUUCCCUUCAACAACCUCGGCUCUGUUAUUCCCGAGCUCUUUUGGAGGAGCAGCAAAGGCACGGAGCUCUCCCAGGCGCUACAGCUUAACACUGCCCAGAUCUAUCGGUAUCUAGAUGCCUACCGCUCCAGCUCAUCUGGCGGGGAACUGGAUGACUAUUGGGAUCAAUUGGAGUAUGCACGGCAUGCUACAAAAAAUCCAGAGCUUAGCGGGGAUUCCCAACUGAUCACACUGGCCAACUAUAAUCGUGUAGCUCUGUCUACGUGUCGGGCGCUGUGGGCUCAAUUCAAUCCUUUACGAAUGGCUUUUGGCCUUGCAGUGCUCGGAGUGGGCUUCAUUGCCAGUUGGGCAGUGUACUCCGGACUUGGAGAAGCCAAAUAUGAAUGGGACCGGUGGAUAGCUCUGCGGGUGUCAAAAAGCCUUCGAGGGAUGGCGGGAGGGGCUGUCCUUGGCUUCGUCUUACAUCUCGGCCUCGGGAAAUACCUUCAAGGUAUUGACUCCCUUGACUGUAUCCUAUUCGCAGCACCUCUGCUAUCUAGCAUAUUAAUUAUCAUUUCUUCUCCUCCAAAAAAUUUGACCCUGAAAUCAAUACCGAUCCCUCUUGUUCUUCACACCAUCGCAUUCUUCUCCAACUCUUUUACGUUCUGGGAAGACCGCGUUAUCCUCUACCUCUCUCUAACGUCAAUUGUCCCAUUCGUAUUCACUGGGAUAACAGCAGCCACAUCCCGCCUUCGGUAUCGCAUCCUCGGGUUUUCAUUCUUGUACGCGAUAUGCGUCAGACUCAUGGCGAUAAGUACGAUUUGCAGAGAAGAGCAGCAACCCUAUUGCCAUGUCACGUUCUACUCCUCUUCCACUCUCCCUACCCCUCCAAUGCCAAUCUUAGCUCUCGCUAUCCCAGUUGCAUUUGGCAUCCCAUAUAUCCUCCGACGUUUCCUGCAUGUCUCCCGUUCAGACGUGGGACUAGCCCAGUUUUUCAUUCCUACCAUCCUCAUCCCGGCACUGCUCGCAGGCACCGGAUACUGGAUCCUCGAAUGGCUCGAUUCCGCUGGACAUUUGGGUGACGCGUGGACCACCACGCUGCGUAUAAGCAGAACAUAUCUCGCCCGUUGUUCUUUCGCCCUCGUACUCCUUGUCGGUGGCGUACUUUGGUGGUUCUUCACCCUCUGCAUAGACGUCUCUAUCAAGGAAGAACCAGAUCAAAAACUGCGCAAGGCGGAAGUCAUCGGGUUCGCCAACGCUUUCGGCGCGCCAUACCUCCUCUUCUGGAGUAUUUUCUUCGUUUUGGUGUAUACAUCUUCCCAGCUGACGAGCCAAGUCGUCCUUGGGCUGGGUGCCGUAGCUCUUAUGGCGUUCCUGGAAGUCGUCGACAGUGCUCGUGACGCCAGGUACUACGAAGAAGCCUUCGCUUCCUCGAAUCCGUCAAUAAUUUUGCAACCUACUAAAGACCAAUCGCCCAUGAUUCGAUUCACCGACAUCAUACCAAUCGCACUGCUUGGGCUUCACACAUUCUUCGCAACAGGCCACCAGUCCACAAUAUCUUCCAUCCAGUGGAAAUCCGCCUUCCUGUUAACCCCAAGCGUGACUUACCCAUUCGCACCGAUAACAGUGGUGCUGAACUCUUUUGGACCUGUGUUCCUCGCGGGGAUUGCUGCGCCACUGUUGGCACUGUGGAACCGUCCUCCUUUGUUCAUUUCGGCGGGCGAUGAGCAGCCGAGAAUUGAUGUCAAAGUUAGAGGGGAGGGCAUCAUGGUUGCGCUUGGGAUGAUGAUGUAUUAUGCGGCUUUGCUGCUGGGUACUGCUGUGAGCGCGGCGGUGUUGAGGCGACAUCUCAUGGUAUGGAAGGUAUUUGCACCCCGGUUCAUGGCUGGUGUGCUUAGUGUGCUGGUUGUAGACGUCGCAGUGCUCAUCGGAGUAGGCAUAGGUCUUGAGAGGAUCUGUUGGAAGUUGAAACCGCUGAGUGGUAUGUUCCGAGGUGCAUCUAAGCAGGAUUAAGUGGUCAGUUGCGUACCCUGGCCUCGCAAAAUGUCCUUGAAAGGAGUCCAAAGAUGAAGUAGUAGUGGUGGUAGUAGUAGUCGCACUGGCAAGUGACCUAAAAAGGAAUUUUUAGGGAAACAGCCAAUGUUUUCUGCGCCGUUGCUACCAGGCGUUGUUGAUAUACUUUAUAGCACACAGAGCGGAAGCCCUAGGUCCCUAUUG